AGCUUCUAUGUUAUAGCCGAAGAGUCUAGUAUUGAUCUAUCGUCAUUAUGAGUGCGUCGCUGUUGGCAUAGACAUUAUUUUGGAGUAUCUGAUACUGUGCCGUCGUUGAAAUUAGUGUAUUCUGAUCCAUCCGGAACUUAAAUGAUGUUUCUAAACUAACAUUUAUUAGUUUAUAUUGAACGAUAACGGAACGCCAGACGUAUUUGUGUAUAUGAGAUUCGUUGUGCUUAAUUGAAGAGGAGAUUUUCUGCAAUCUAUAUAUACCAGACUACGCCAACAAAGGAUAUCGAUUUUCUAACAGGAUUUCGUUUUAUCCAACCCGAACAACAAUUUAGGUAUAUAUACAGUAUUGUGAGGUUGAUUAAUUUAUCGAUUGUUUGAUGGAAUCGGAAUCUCAGUCGUAUUCUUAGCUUAUGGUUUGGGGCGUAGAAGUGAACAAUGAUUGCAUCAAAAGGAGUGGGAAAAUUCCAUGUCGGCUAGAUAAGCAUAGUGAAAAAGUGGAUUACUGGACUAUUUCCUAUAAAGUGCGAACGUGUUGCUGCUUCAACAAUUCACCAAUUUAGCUGAUCAACUUCGGGCAUCUGGUGUGACAUCCUAACGCGUCAUCAACUAUUCCAGACAUCCACAAAAACCGAACAACAUGGAUCUUUGCAAAAGACGUAUGACGCUCGCUCCCAAAAUGGACUUCGAUCUCUCGGCCUAUCACUGCGCGAUCUGUUUGCUUCGGCAGAAUCCCCUCAAAACCCUGAGUAGCUUCACAGUUGAGGCCAUCAUCAGACAAGGUCGUCCAACUCCGGAACUACCAACACUCUCCAAAGAAUGUCGCUACAAGGGAAAAAUUUUCACCCGUCGUUUCAAAAAGGAAAAUUAUCUCCGAUAUCGUUGGAUGGCCGGUUGUGGCAUUGAAAACAAACUUUUUUGUUGGCCUUGUUACAUGUUCUCCACUGAUCCGACCGAUACCUGGGGCUUCAAAGGUUUCGAUGGACUGAGUAACUUCAGCAAUUCCGUCAAGACGCACAUCAACCAAGAAGCUCAUUUUCUCAAUGUUGAAAAGUACAAUAGCUGUGCACCCGAAAAAUGUAAGAUCAGUUUUGAAAUCAGUUUCAAAGGUCAAUCUCCAAAUUCAUCGUUUGCUAUGAAUACAAAGCGGAGAGUUAGCAAAACGAAGCCCAUCGAGAUGAAAACGAUUAUUGAUGACGAUGAAGACUAUAACGAAAGUUUUCACCAUCCUGACGUCAUCAUGGAGGAUUUAGAGGAUGAAUAUUUCCGGGAAGCUGAGCUGAGUUCAAGGGAUGUCAGCGAUGUCUCACAAUCGGCAGGUGUAAACAGUGCCGAUAAAUACCAACUAAAGUGGCAUUCGCACCAACAAAAUCUCAAUUCGUCUAUUUCUUGUUUGUACAGGAAUGAUCGUUACGCAGAUGUUACAUUAAUUACUUGUAACAACGAAGAAAGCUUCGCUAUUCCCGCCCAUAAACUUGUCCUUGGAUCUUCUAGUACGUAUUUUGCCAACAUAUUCGAUAAAACAGUUGCACCACUAAAUGCAAUGACCUACAUAGUUCUUCCUUCGGAACUUACUAAACGUUCUAUGCAGACGCUGAUCCAGUACAUGUACACGGGUGAAUCGACAGUUUCGGUCGAUAUUCUAAACGAAGUUUUACGUGGUGGCGAGAUAUUGAAGAUUCGUGGGCUUUGGAGAAAUCAAUCCGGUACUGAUGGCGCACCAGAACAGCCAUCGGGAAAGGAGAAUGAACAGCAUCAUAGCCGGCAUCGCACGGAACGUAUUUCGAUUGACCGUGUUCCCUUACAGGAGCCACAACGUUCUACCCAGGGAUCUGUUGUUGUUCACGAUAGUCCAGUUAUAGUGACAAAUCCUGCGAAGACAUACAACGUCAGUCAUGCUUCAACCAGUUCAUCGAAUCCGAUGAUAAACGUUAAAAGAGACGUCGCGGUUGACCCAGGCGAUAGGUCCAAAUCGGUUCCUGAAGGAUCGACAAAUAAACGCAGUCACACAGCGAUGAAUCAAGAAAAUAGCAUACAGGGAGCAAGGCAGCAUAUUCCUGCAAAAAUAACUUCACCAAGAGCAGCUUUGGCCAAUGCUGAAAAUCUUCCGAAUUCCCGAAACACAGGAACACAAAAAAUGCCUGAAGCUUUGAAUUUUUUGAAUGUUAAAGAAGAACCGGUAGAAUGGACGGAUGUUCCACCUGAGGAAAUAAACAUCGAUAAGGCAUCGUUUCCUACGGUGAAGGUUGAGCUAAGAGAAACUACAAAUUUAGCGCAUGAAAGUGGAGGAGAAUCAACUAGCCAGGAGCAGGUGUACUCUCCAUUAACCUGUGAACUGUGUAGCGAAACGUUUACUAUUCCUGCAGAAUGGGUUCGCCACAUCGAAAGUCAUUCCGACCCACCGCACACAGUUUCCAAACGGCGUAGGAGAGUUGACGACGAUGACGAGGCGGACGUUACGGCGGCGCUGAAAUGUGAUUUGUGUGCUAUGUACUUUGUUACUCCUGCCGAAUGGGUUCGCCACGUGCAAAGUACUCACACCGAAACUGAACUGGCCAUGUCAAACAACAGUUCUCUUCGGAGGCAAAGCUCCAAAACCUACACUUCCGACGCACAGAGUUCCUUGGUCACUCAACUAGUAGCACAUCAGCAACAGCAGCAGCAACAACAGGAGAAAACUUGUUCGGUCUGUAACAAAAGCUUUCCUUCCUACGCCAGUAUGUUGAUUCAUAAACGAACACACACAGGCGAGAGACCGUUCUACUGCGAGAUCUGUAACAAAGGAUUCAAUGUAAAAUCCAACCUGCUGAGACACAUGCGCACGCUACAUAACCAGCAAGGAGGCACUUCACCAUCUCAAGGCGGUUCGGACAGUCCCGGAUCGGAGUGAACCGCCACAUCGAUUUAAAGAUCUAUAAAUUAAGUCCCUCAGUAAAUGGUAUUUUUGAUACUGGCUACAUCUUCCUUUUGUAUAAAAACUGAUAAUUAGCAUGUAUUUUCGGUAAAUUGUGAAUUGUGAUGACAUUUUUAAAUAUCGCAUAACCUAACGAGAAAAGUUCUACUGGACAACGGCUGGACGAACCAUUUUAUUUUAUAUCCACGACAUUAUGGAGUGUGAUAAUAAAGAAUGAAUUAUCCCUUUUUCAGUGAAAAAUAAAUUAUUCUUGAUUAAAACGA